AUGUUGCGGAGGCAGACGUUCCCUCCGUUCAUCCACAAGCACUGGCAUCGGUCUGCUAUACCCGAGAAGCUUGCGACUUGCAUGAGCAUUGCGCAGCUCUUUGCUUCAAGGACGCCGGAGACCCGGCCGUUUCUGUGGAGGACUGUUGAUGCCGAAGAGAGACGUAUGAGAGAGGAGAUGGAGAACUACACCGAACACGACAUCUUGCCAGCGGUGCAAGCUCUGAUCAUCUACAUGAUCAUGGCUCUAAUAGAUCAAUAUGAUGGCACAGCUGCCCGAGGAGUUCGAAUGAUACAGACGUUCCAGGCAAUGACAAUAAAGUUCCGCGAAAUGCUUGGCUCUGCUUGCUUUGCCGAGUCUGAACAGCAGCGCCCGAGUGUGAGCUGGGAGGACUGGGUCUUCCAAGAAUCUAGGAGAAGGUUGGCCAAUAUCUGGUUCGUAAUCAACCGCGUCAUCACAGCCGACGCACAACUCCCAUGCCCUGAUCUCAAUGCCUACCGAGAGAUGCCGCUGUCGACAGGCAAGGCUAUGUGGGAGGCGCGGUCGCGCGAAGAAUGGGAGACGGAGCGCGCCUUCUUCCAGGCAAGCUUACUUCAUACGGACAUGUGGAAGUUUCGCUCCCUGAUCGAGGCUCGUCGACAGCCGCAUAGCCCCUUGAAUGCAGCCAAGUUGGAUGCGUGGGAAGCUGAAACAGACAAGAUGGGCGUCCUCAUGAACAUCGCAGUCUCUUUGCUCGACAACAUAUCUUGA